CCGCUCAAUCUUCUGACGAAGGAACCGGAGAGACUGUGCCCGUGCGUCGCAGCGUCGGACGGUCUCUGUGCCAAUCCCCUCACCGUGUACAACAGCCCCCCGGCCCUCAGAAAAGGGCCCUCACAGCCCCGAAAUGGACUCACCGCCAAAACUGGGACAGAUGGAAGGAGAGGUCAGUCCAACGCAGAGGUCAAAGGCCAAGUACACAGGAAAAGUCCGUCUCUGCACAGCUCGAUACAGUUAUAACCCUUAUGAUGGACCAAACGAACACCCUGAAGCAGAGCUCCCCCUUGUGGCUGGAAAGUAUCUAUAUGUCUACGGGACGAUGGACGACGAUGGCUUCUACGAAGGGGAGCUGCUGGAUGGACAGAGAGGCCUGGUUCCCUCCAACUUCGUGGACUUCAUCCAGGACAAAGAGGCGGCCUCCGCCGCCGACGGGGACAAGGACGGGGGCUACGCCAACCACGCCGACGGGGGGGGCCCGCAGGGGGACGGAGCCCUGCAGCAGGACGGCCUGGGCGAGGACCCCCUGGACCCCUGCGGCGGAGGCCCCGGGGCGGCCUCGGACGGAGCCGGGGUGGAGGAGGACGCGACGGGGGGCGAGGACGUGGUGCCGUACCCCCGGAAGAUCACCCUGAUCAAGCAGCUGGCCAAGAGCGUCAUCGUGGCCUGGGACCCCCCGCUCGUCCCCCCGGGCUGGGGCCCGGUCACGGGCUACAACGUCCUGGUGGACACGGAGGUGCGGGCCAACGUGGCGUUCGGCGGCCGCACCAAGCUGCUGAUCGAGAAGCUGAACCUGGCCGAGUGCACGUACCGCGUCUCGGUGCAGAGUGUGACGGGGCGCGGCGUCUCGGAUGAGCUGCGCUGCUCCCUGCUGGUGGGCCGGAGCGUGGUGGUGGCGCCCUACUGCCUCCGCGUGGAUGACAUCACGCAGGUCUCCGCCCUGGUCUCCUGGAUGCCCAGCAACAGUAACUACAGCCACACGGUGUUCCUGAACGGGGCCGAGCACCAGGCGGUGCGGCAAGCCUGCUACCGCUGUCGCCUGGCUGACCUCAGGCCCAUGACCGUGUACAAGGUGACGGCCCAGGCCAAGCCCCACCAGAUGCCCUGGCAGCUGCCGCUGGAGCAGAGGGAGAAGAAGGAGAUGUCCCUGGAGUUCUGCACCCAGGCAGCAGGACCGCCCCUCCCUCCGCAGGAUGUGCAGGUGCAGUGUGGCCACACCCCGGGGGUGCUGCAGGUGUGCUGGUGCCCCCCCGCCCUCUCCGAAACGGGAACCUCGAACGGGGCCAGCGUGAUCGGCUACGCCGUGUGCACUAAGGGACAGAGGAUCGCGGAGGUCCUGUUUCCCAUGGCGGAGUUCGUCUCCAUCGAGCUGGGCAGGAUUCAGGGCCUGGAGGCCAGGGAGGUGGUGGUCAGGACGCUCUCCAUACAGGGGGAGUCCCAGGACUCUCCGGUCGCCGUCAUUCCAAACAGCCUGCUCGUGCCUCCCCACCCUCAGCCUCUGCCCCACCCUCACGCGAUGCAGCACCCCCACACGCUGCCCCACCCUCAGCCGCACACACAGCCGCACCCUCAGCCGCACCCUCAGCCCUACCCCCACACGCUGCCCCACAUGCAGCCCCACCCGCUGCCCCACCCGCCGCACGGCCUCCCCAAGCCCCAGCCCCGCCUCCCCCCAGCAAGUGCCGGAGAGCCCCAGACCAAAGAGGAGGAGCCCGGCCUGCGGUCGGGCCAGUCCUGGGACCCCCCGCCCCCCGGCCUCCACACCCUGGAGACGCCCCGCUUCCCCGGACGACGGUCGCCCUCCCCGCAGAGGAUCCUGCCGCAGCCGCGGGGGGCCCCCAUUCCCGACACCGUGGCCAAGGCCAUCGCCCGCGAGGCAGCCCAGAGGGUGGCGGCGGAGAGCGGCCGGGGUAACAGUGCCGGUCACACCCUGCACUCGGACGAGGAAGAGGAGGAGGAGGAAGGUUAUGAGUCCGCGCACGUCAGGAGGCGAGGGGCGUCCGUGGACGAGUUCCUCCGGGGGUCCGAGCUGGGCCGGCAGCUCCAGUACAGCCACAGCGAGGAGUACCACACGGAGAGCAGCCGCGGCUCUGACCUCUCUGACAUCAUGGAGGAGGAUGAGGAGGAGCUGUACUCCGAGAUGCAGCUGGAGGAAGGCCGGCGGAGGAGUAUGGGCCCUCACGGCGCCCUAAAGGUUUUGGGGAACGCCUCCUCUUCGGGACGCCAGAUCCGCCAUGUUCGGGAUUCCGGUCGAGGGCCUCCCCAGCGCAGGCCUAUAACAGUCCCUUCCAUUGAUGGCGGGCGAGAACACCCCGCCAACCGCUACUUGGACGAGUCGGAGCCGGAGGACCUGUGCCGGAUAUUCGUGGCGCUCUUUGACUACGACCCCCUCUCUAUGUCGCCCAACCCAGACGCCGCGGACGAAGAGCUGCCCUUCAAAGAGGGGCAGAUCAUACGGGUGUACGGCGAUAAGGACACGGAUGGGUUUUAUCGCGGAGAGAUCGGCAGCAGGGCGGGGCUCAUCCCCUGCAACAUGGUGUCCGAGAUCCAGGCGGAGGACGAGGAGACCAUGGACCAGCUGCUGAAACAGGGCUUCCUCUCCCUCAACACCCCCGUGGAUAAGAUAGAUCGCAACCGGCGGGGUACUCGGCAGCCUCCGAUAGCCACGAGGCGAAUGGUCGCACUCUAUGACUAUGACCCCCGAGAGAGCUCCCCCAAUGUUGAUGUGGAGGCUGAGCUGACCUUCUGCGCCGGUGACAUCAUUGCUGUUUUUGGGGAAAUCGACGAAGAUGGCUUCUAUUAUGGUGAGAUUAACGGCCACAGAGGUCUCAUACCCUCAAACUUCCUGGAAGAGGUUCCUGCCGACGUGGAGGUCUAUCUCACGGACACGCCCCGCCAGACCCAGGACACGCCGCCGGGGUCCGAGACCAAGCGGCAGGUCCCAAUGGAAAUGUUGGGCCCCCCCAGAAGAGCCGCCUCCCCCACCGCGUGCCCUCCGCCACCCGAGACCGGGCCGGGCGCCCCGGGGCCCGAACUGGCCCAGGGGCCAAAGGUGUCCCUGGAGCCCUCGCUCCCCCUGGGCACCUGCAGUCCCAUCAGGGCCCCUGACAGCCCCAUCAGGGCCUCCCGUGACAUGUCUGCUAAAAAGAAAAAGGGCUUGCUCUCCAAGGGGAAGAACCUGCUGAAGAAGCUGGCCGUGGUGAAGUGAGAACCCUCUUACCCAGCUCAGUGUUCGACAAAAAAAAACCACUAUAUGGCAAGAGGACUCGCAUUCAUCCAUUACAGUCAUUUUAAAUGAAAGUGGAGAGCAAAAAAUCUUGAUGUAAAAAAACCAGUGUGGUUAAAACUAGGCCGCUGCCAUACGGUACACAUUUCAAGUUUGCGAGUUUUGGUAAAAAUGCAGGGGCUGUUAGUACCAACUGGCUGGGUCGAAGUUUCGACCAUAUUCAGCUGUCCCCUUCCGUGGAGUCAGGAAUGGGAGUGGGGUAAGAUCGGAGUAUAAAGAGCCCUGGUUUUAAAGGGCACCAAAGGGUGCUACAGCCAGCUAGGUGGGAUCCAACAUUGAUGGCCAUGGUAGCUCUCCACACCAUGUAACUCACCAGAACAGCUCAGAACAAUAUAUAUACACUCACAGCACUUUACUGGGUAUUUAUUAGACUUAUUUUUUUUAAACUUAUUGGUGCUUUUGCUGAUGUAGCCUAUCCACUUAGAGGUUUGGACAUGUUGUGUGUUCAGAGAUGCUCUUCUGCAUACCACUGUUGUAAUGUGUGGUUAUUUGCGUUGCUCUCACCUUCCUGUCAGAUUUGACCAGUCUGGUCAUUCUCCUCUGACCUCUCUCAUUAACAACGCAUUUCUGCCUGCAGAACUGCUGCUCAUAGGAUGUUUUUUUUUCACCAUUCUCUCCAAACUUUAGAGACUGUUGUGCGUGAAAGUCCUAGGAGAUCAGCAGUUUCAAACCACCGUCUGGCACCAACAAUCAUUCCACAGUCAAAAUCACUUAGCUCACAUUUCUUCCCCAUUCUGACAAUUGGUCUGAAAAACAGCUGAACCUCUUGACCAUGUCUGCAUGCUUUUAUGCAUUUGCUGCCACAUGAUUGUGGCUGAUUAAAUAUUUGCAUUAACAGGCUGGUGCAUGGGUCUACCCAAUAAAGUGCUCACUGAGUGUAUAUUUGAGUUGUUCUUCCGCUCCAUAAUGACCUUAACCUCAAGACUCACAAGUCAAUACUGGUGUUUGAUGUUAUGAUUAUUCAAACCAUUAUCAAAAUUGGCCUUAUUAAAAAAAUAAUAAUAAAAAACACAAAACAUUCCUACUCAUAGCUUCUUAUCUUCAGUCUCAGCCAAGAACUUUCAAGGUGCACAUUUUGCCUUCAAACAUCUCAGCCUCUGGGCCAAACCAUAACAACAAUAAAUUAUCCAGACUCAUGUAUGUACAAUAGUUAAAAAAGAUAUAUAUAUAUAUAUAUAUAAACUACUUCAGUAUUGGUUUUGAAAUGCCUAGUUGAACCCAACCUCCAUGUCUUUUGCCUUAAAUGCAAAACGGUUUGUAUUUUUUGUCUGGUAAAUGGAGCAAAACUAGAUUGUAUGUACUGUGUGCAUUCAUGUCGUGCAUUCCUUCAAAAAAAAGAAGAAAAAGUAACAAGUCAUGUGAUUAAGUGACGUUCUGCUACUGUAGCUAUGAUUUCAAACAAUUUUAGUUUCUGGGUUUUGGGGGAGAUGUGACGUGCACUGCUGGUCCACUUUCUCAGUCCUGAUCGUGGUUAAUGCCGGUGGUCUCACAGUAGAACUGUAGAACUUCAGCAGCUGGGCGGGAACCCCAAAGUGUAGGUCAGGACCCAGGCAGGAAUAUGAUGGCACUGAGAUUUAUCGGGAUGACUGCAACUAAAUAUGUUCAAAUGUACGAAGGGAGACCCAUACUGCCCUGUUAAAUGAACAACUAUGAAAGCCAGCUCCAGAAUCUCACCUCUUACAGAUAAAGCAUAUCUGCAUAGUUCACAUCGGCAUCGAAAAAGAGGUGUCUUCACAGACUGACAGGAAUGAAGAUGGGGGUGGAAGUGGGGGUCACCAGUCUGUAAGUCACCAUUGUGAAUCAAUCAAAGCCAUUGUUUGGUCUGAAUUGUGAGCUGGUAUGCAAAGGGAAAUGUUUUACACUUCUCAAAGAACAAAUGGCCAGUCAGGUCCUAAUUCUUCAUACUUCUUCAAAAAAAUUAACUUAAGUGUUCAGAUUGGAACUGACUGCCAAAACUGCCAAGCAUGAAAUGUUUUUGUCAGCCAAACAGACAUUUCAUUCAUAUAAUUAUAUUGUGCAUUUUCGUAAACACAGAUUUCAUUUGGCAUUACUUUUAGAUUAAGUUGCCAUACUCCCCUUUUGUACUUUGUCCAUCUGAAAAUUGUUUUUAAGUGUUUAUACUUGAUUUUCAGACUGCCUUUAUUUGUAAAUUAAGAUUUAUAUAUAAAGUGUAUGUUUUCCUCAUUCUGACUUUAAAAAAACCCAAGUCUGCAAUGGUGUGCUAGAGGGGAAAAACAAAAGUAAUAACUGGCCUACAUUUACAGGCAUCAAGUACUGUGUGCAUGUGUAUAAACUUUUCUAAUCAAUAAAUUUGAUAUUUUGCACAAUU